UGGAUGCGCAGGCCAUCCAGGUAAAGAAGGUGCAAGAAACGCCUGCAAAGGUGGGCCUCGUCCCUCGACCUCUGGAGGGCGGAAUCAUAACAAAGUGGACCCUCCAGCCUCCCGCCCCCUCUCCUCCUUCCCUCGCCCCCUCCCUCCCGGACGGUCCUGUCCCACCCCAGAGCACAACCAAUGGCGCGGGGACUCGCGCGUCCAGCCAAUGGAACGGCGGCAGCGGCACAGGGAUGGCGCCGCCCCCGAAGACCGCAGGCCGGCGGCCACUCAGGAGGCGGGGCUCUUCGCUGUUUUUGCGGUCCGCCGAGCUCGGCCGAGCUCCUCCGACUACCUCCCGCCGGAACCGAGCCCAGUCGAACCUAUCCGAGCCCAGCCGAACUCCGCGAUGCUCCAGCAGCCGCCGAGCGAGCGAGUGAGCGAGCGAGCGAGCUAGCGGCCCCGGCCACGGAGGAGGCGCCGCCCCAGGGGGAGGAGGUGCCCGCUCGCCGCAGACCGCCCGCGGCAGAGGCCGGCCCGGUCGCGCCCCGGCGGGAGCGGCCGGCAAAGGCUGCGCGGCCCAGGGGGAGGGCCCAGGAGUGGACGUCGCCCCUGCCCGCCUCCCGCCGCCCCCCGCCUGCAGGCUCUCGAGCCUCACUGCCCUGAGCAUCCCGCUGCCCCCAGACCCUCCCGCGGGCGCGCACCGGGCUCAACUCAGGCUCAGGACUGCAGGUGGGCAUCUCCACUGCCCAGAAGUCAUUGUGUGUGGACAGGACAGCCUCCUUGGAAAGUCAGCCAUACUGGAGUUCUGCCUCGGCAUGGACCUUGGCAUUGAGGCAGCUCCGCUGUCUGCACUGGUCUGAGGGUGCUGCCCGUCAUGGGGGCAGCCAUCUCCCAGGGGGCCCUCAUCGCCAUCGUCUGCAACGGCCUUGUAGGCUUCUUGCUGCUACUGCUGUGGGUCAUUCUCUGCUGGGCCUGCCACUCCCGCUCAGCUGACGUCGAUUCUCUCUCGGAAUCCAGUCCCAACUCCAGCCCUGGCCCCUGUCCUGAGAAGGCGCCACCACCCCAGAAGCCUAGCCAUGAAGGCAGCUACCUGCUGCAGCCUUGAAGGCCCAUGGCCUACCCUGGAGUUCUGGACCUGAGUCUACUCCACUCAGAGCCUGUAAUCAGGAUCCCAGAGUUCAGCCAAGCUGGGGUCCAGAAUUCAGAGUCCAAUGUCUUUUGGAGCUAGACCCAGCAGCCCAGAUUGUAGCCAGCCUGGCUCCAAGAGAGGCUUGGGUAGCCCUAGAGAGACAGGCCUGGGGUGGGGGUUUAGGAGUUGGUGCUAGGGCCAGGGCCAUCUGGACUCUACUCCAUCCUGAGGGCCAAGGGCUGAGUUUACCCUUUCCCUAGGCUCAGCACCUCUGGGCCCUCUACAUUGGGGAAGCAAACUGGAACCCAUGGCAAUAAUGGGAGGGUAUCCAGGCUGGGCUCCUCCUCUGGUCCUCCCACUGUUUGCUGGAUAAUAAAUGGAACUAUGGCUCUACCCUGA